GGGGUAGCGGCCCUCGGCCGCACGUUGAGGAUCAUACAUCUGAUGACUACCGCCACCUCCACCAUUUUGUUUAAAUCACAUCAUCGAUACUAGCAACAAACUCUUCCCAUUCAUUCGUUUGAUCCAAGCUCUUUGGCUUAUAGCUCAGCUCCCUCCCUCUUUCGGGCGUUGCGCGAGCGACUGUGCGGAGCAGAGUUCCGAGAGGCAGAAGAGACGAUGCGCAUCUCGAGGCGGAGCCACCCACGCAAAGCCGCUCGCUCCGUCCGGCGCCGCCGGUCUUAGGUCCGGGGAGCCUGCAGCGACGGAGAGUGUGGGGGGAUGAUGAUGGCGAUCGGGAUCGGAUCGGGGGGAGCCUUCUCGCGGCCCUCCGCGGAGGAGCUGUGGCGGUCGAACGCCGGUGGCGGGUGGGCCACCGCCGCCGCCCUGCUCCUCGUGCUCCUCUGGCAUUGCCGGGGGAGGCUGAGGCUCUUCUUUGGCUUCCUCUUCCGGUCUACGCUCCCCUCCGCCUCCUCCUCCUCCUCCUCCUCCGCCUCCGCCUCCGCCUCCGCCGCGUCUCCCCAAAUCGGCGGAUUCUUGGAGACCGUGUCGGACGAUGAUUUGAGGUUUCUGAUUCGGAAUUUGGACGAGAGCAAUUGCAAUGAGGAGAGAUGGGAGGAUGUUGUCCAGAAAAGGAAUAGCCUGGUCUCGUACUCCGCCAAGUGCUGUAGACCGAAGGAUGGCCCCUUGAAAUACCUGAGUGUGACAGAAUUUGAGAAUUGCUCUCCUGAAUUGCUGAGAGACUUUUACAUGGACAAUUUUUACAGGCAGCAAUGGGACAAAACUGUUACUGAGCAUGUCCAGUUGCAGGUGGAUGUAAAUAAUGGAACUGAAAUUGGUCAAACAAUUAAAAAGUUUCCACUGUUGACAGCCAGAGAGUAUGUAUUGGCUUGGAGGCUGUGGGAGGACUCAGAUGGAGCUUUCUACUGUUUUACGAAGGAAUGUCAACAUCCCUCAGCACCACAGCAGCGGAAGUAUGUUCGUGUUAAGUACUUUAGAUCAGGAUGGAGAAUCAGGAAAAUUCCUGGCAGGAAUGCCUCUGAGAUUGGAAUGUUCCAUCAAGAAGAUGCUGGUUUAAAUGUGGAAAUGGCAAAGCUGGCUUUCGCAAAGGGGAUAUGGAGUUACGUGUGCAGGAUGGACAGUGCAUUACGCAAAUACUCAUCGAGUCAUCUGCAACAUGGCUCAUCUCUCAGUGCUGUCACUUUUAUCCAGAAGGUACCUCGUGAACUACAAAUGUCAAGCAGCGCUAACUCUUCAUCUGUGGCUGCAGCACCUUCAGUUCGUGUUGAAACAAUCAGUGAAAAGAAGAAACUAUUGAGAAGACCAUCUAAGAAAGCACUUGCCAAUGGUUUUCUUCUUCUAGGAGGUAUCAUUUGCCUGACUCGUGGCCACUCUACGCUUGGAGCUAAAGUAGCCGUCGGCUACGUGUUGACAAAACUGACUAAACGCGGUGCUUCUUCCAGUCAAAGACUGCAGAACUGAGGUACCGUGACCUAAGAAGUUGCUGGAACUGUAUUGAAGGUCUAACGAGCAAAGUACAUUUCGUUACAACACUAGGCUGAUCUAUUGGUACGACGACCACCAAUUGGAUGGUGUAGAAGAGGUGAAAAAGAGAGGUGCAUGGGUUAGAUUACACAGAGCAGAAAGAGAAAGAGAUCCUUAUUAAAGUUUUCGUAGUGUUUGGUCAAAUGUAUGUAGUUACCUGGAACAAGACUUACCAAAUCCACACAACAGAAUUGUCAGCUUUUAUGCACAAAUAGCCCAUUCUAAAACUGCAUUGUCUGCGCUGCAAAUAAUCCUUGAUGAUGUGUAAAUCAUAUGAUACGGCAUUCUAAUGUUGUAAUCCUUUAUUUAGUCUUUAACA